CAGUGUGGUGAGCUGCAUGUCGUCUGUGAUAAACUGUAUCAGUUUUUAUUAUAAAAGUAGACUGUUGAUGUCAAAGCACUAACAUCACUCAACGUUUAAACUUUAUGCUUUUGAAUGUUUUCGGCAUUGUGAUUGAAAGAUUGUCCAUCGUGAUCAUUUUAAGUCAUUGUUACCCAUUGCCACUGUUACGAAUCACAAAGUAAUUCUGAAGAUUGGACACCUUAUGCUGAGUAGUUAUGCUUGUUUCCUCAAGAUCAAGCCGAAAUAAAACUGUUUUUCUUUAUGUUUUGUCAAUCGUCGUUUGCGUUGUCUUGGGAUCUACAAUAUUUGUGGAACGUGGAUCUUCACAUACCUUUGAUUGUGAUGUAAAUAUAACUGGCAACAACAGUGUCAAAUUCACUCACAAUGGUAUGGAAAUAAUUGCUAGUGAAAGAAUCAAGCUGUUGAGGACAUCUUUAAUCAUUUCCAAUGUCAUACUGCUUGAUAAUGGUGAAUAUAAGUGUUUCUUUCUUUCUAAAAUGGUCCAAACUUGGGUGCUACUUAGCACAGAAAGAGCGAAAUUACGUAUGAAUCCAGCUACUAAGAGCAAUACAGUUACCGAAGGUUCCGACUUUGUAUUUAGCUGUGAAUACACCAAAAAUUCAAAUAUAAAAUGGCAAAGAUUUCACGAAAUAAAUGGGACAGAAAUCAUGUAUACUAUUCUGGAUAAUCUUAUUACUGAUAAAAGUACGGAUGAAAAAAGAAUUGAAGAGUAUCGUAUCGAAAACGUGUCAAUUGCUGACUCUGGUAGAUACCAAUGUGAAUAGUUGAUAACAGUAAUAAGAAAGUAACAGAGUGGCGUGUUUUGACG